AAACAGACCCCCAAACAAGAGACCCUUAGAUGCAAGGCCUGAAAUUCUCUUCCCCCACCUCCACCUCCACCUCCACCUCCACCAUCAUCAUCAUCACACCCCAGUAGCCACCAUAAUUGAGGUAAUUAACACCAACCCGUCUCCUCUUGAUAGAUUUGUCGGUGAAUUUGGAUUUGUCCCUCCUCUCUCUCCCGUCCUCUCUCUCUCUCUCUUUCUUCCUCUCCCAUGGAAUUCAACGAUGGAGCUCGCAAAAGGUGACGCCUUUCCCCCCCUCCCUGAACUUUUUUACCCAGAUUAGAUGAACCCUCCAUCGGACCAAGAACCUCUCUGAUUCGAACUCCAUCACUUCCUCUGUUCUCACCUCCAGAGAGAGAGAGAGAGAGAAAGAAAUUUAUUGUCCCCACCCCACCCUUCUUUUUCUUGGUGGUCUCGAUGAUGGUGGAGGAUGAAGCGGUUUCUGGGGUCGCCGGUGAAGAGAGCCCGGCGGCGAAGAAGAGGGGGUUGAACGGCAGAGAGAGGCCGUACAAGGGGAUAAGAAUGAGGAAAUGGGGCAAGUGGGUGGCCGAGAUUCGGGAGCCCAACAAGAGGUCGAGGAUUUGGCUCGGGUCCUACUCGACGCCCGUCGCCGCCGCCAGGGCCUACGACACGGCGGUGUUCUACCUCCGCGGUCCCUCGGCUCGGCUCAACUUCCCGGAGUUCCUGGCGGCGGAGGAGGGGGGCGGCGGCGGCUGCGGCGACAUGACGGCUGCCUUCAUAAGGAAGAAGGCGACCGAGGUCGGCGCGAGCGUCGACGCGGCGCUCAACAAUAGCGGCCACGGAUCGGUGCUCAAGAAUGGCGGGUCCGGUCUGGGUGAAGAGUACAAGGGCUGUGGCGGGUUCUUGCAGAGGGUGGUGGAUUUGAACAAGGUGCCUGAGCCUGAGGACUCAGAUGGUGAAUUCGAGAAAGUUUAGGGGUGGAAAUUGGGAAACAAAAAAGUGGUCCUGAUCUCUUCCUGUGUGUGUGUCUCUCUCUCUCCCUCUGGCGGUGUUUGAAGGAGGGGGUGUUGGUGGUGGCGGUGGUGGCGGUGGUGGCUGAAGAAAUGAUGAGGUCUAAGUGGGGGUUAGUCUUUACUGUCCUUUUUGUUUAGUUUUUGAUUUGUUUCUCUUUCCUUUCCCCUUUCGGAUUUUUGGGUUUGGAUCAAGAAAUUUUGAUGCUGUACAAAAAGGGCCAAUAGCUAAUUAAAUUGAAUUAUUAUCAAAAAGAAAACUUUCCCCCCCUUUGCUUCAUAUAAA